CCGCGCGGCUCACAUUCCCGGAGGCGCCUGGCCCAAGGGCUAGACUAGGAGGCUUGCCCGCGCACUCGCGCUCCCCGCUGUCGGAGAGAGGCGGCUCCAGUCGUGACAGUGGCAACAAGGAAGUGGAGGCGAGGGCUCGCGCGCGCAUCCCGGGUACUGGAGGAGCCCCGGCCCCGGGGCCCCCCGGAGACACACGGCGCAGAGUCGCGACCACCCCUCCUGCUCCCCUCCUCGGAGUCGCGAUAUGGGGUCGGGGAGGGCAAGUGCAGGAGUUCAAGUUCACUUUGCAGGCUUCUCACCGACGCCUGCCGAGGACCCCGGGGGUCGAGCCCCGGGGAGCCCGAGGAAGAGAGCAAGGACACAAGUAUCGCCGCGGCACCAGUCUAGAGGUGGCAGCAGCAGCAGCAGCACACCACGGAUCGCCAGGGAGACCCGUCCCGGCGGCCCUCGCGGCGCACCGGAAGUGGCCGGCGGCGCGUGACUGCGUGAAAUCCCUCGCGCAAGCGCAACAGUCUAGCCCUAGCUGGGAAGUGGAUCCAAAGGAAUCGUUUAGAGGUUUUGAGUGGGGCUGUUAAGACUGACGGACUGCUUCCGGCCAAAGGUCCAGGGCAAAGGAGGAAGCUGUGGCUGCCGGCUGUGGAAGUGCCCGGCCGUUUAGCCCCAGGGCACUGCAGUGGGGCGUUCAGUUUUCCACACUUGUGGCAAAACAAGCUUCAAGAAAGAACAUUGGCAUUCCUAUUAGUUGUGGCCCAGUCCUUAUCCCCUGGAAAUGGCAAACAAGGGGAACAAGAAGCGUCGGCAGUUCUCCCUGGAGGAGAAAAUGAAAGUUGUAGAAGCUGUUGACUCAGGCAAAAGAAAAGGUGAUGUGGCAAAAGAAUUUGGUAUCACUCCUUCUACAUUAUCUACAUUCUUAAAGGAUAGAGCCAAAUUUGAAGAAAAAGUGCGAAAGGCAUCUGUGGGGCCCCAGAGGAAAAGGAUGAGGAAUGCUCUCUAUGAUGACAUCGAUAAGGCUGUUUUUGCUUGGUUUCAAGAAAUCCAUGCCAAAAACAUUCUCGUGACUGGUUCUGUGAUUCGGAAAAAAGCACUAAACUUGGCCAACAUGCUUGGCUAUGACAAUUUUCAAGCAAGUGUGGGUUGGCUGAACAGAUUUAGAGAUCGCCAUGGAAUUGCUUUGAACGCUGUCUGUAGAGAGGAUGGUGACAGGUUAAUGAAUGGUCUAGGAAUAGAUAAAGUUAACGAGUGGCAUGCAGGGGAAAUUAUAAAGCUAAUUGCUGACUACAGCCCAGAUGAUAUAUUCAAUGCUGAUGAGGCAGGAGUGUUUUUCCAGUUGCUUCCCCAGCACACACUUGCUGCUAAAGGGGACCAUUGUAGAGGGGGCAAGAAAGCAAAGCAACGGUUGACAGCACUCUUUUGUUGCAAUGCCUCAGGGACUGAAAAAAUGAGACCAUUGAUUGUUGGUAGGUCACCCAGCCCACACUGCUUCAAGAAUGUCCAUUCCCUGCCUUGUGAUUACCGAGCCAACCAGUGGGCAUUGAUGACGCAGGACCUGUUUAAUGAGUGGCUGAUGCAAGUGGAUGCCAGGAUGAAGAGGGCAGAACGCCGGAUCCUCCUGCUUAUUGACAACUGUUCUGCUCACAACAUGCUUCCACGCUUAGAAAGGAUUCAGGUGGGAUAUCUGCCUUCAAAUUGUACUGCUGUCCUGCAGCCACUGAAUCUUGGCAUAAUUCACACCAUGAAAAUGCUAUAUAGGAGUCAUCUUCUAAAACAGAUCCUCUUCAAGCUCAGUGGCAAUAAAGAUCAAGAAAAAGUGGACAUCAAGCAGGCCAUUGACAUGAUUGCUGCAGCAUGGUGGUCAGUCAAGCAGUCCACAGUGGUGAAAUGUUGGCAGAAAGCAGGCAUCAUCCCUAUGGAAUUUACAGAUUCUGAUGCAGAAAUGGUAGCCAAAGAACCAGACAUUGCUAUUGAAAAGUUGUGGCACUCAGUGGCUGUUGCCACAUGUGUCCCAAAUGAAGUAAAUUUCCAGGACUUUGUCACUGCAGAUGAUAAUCUCAUCAUUUCUCAAGAGCUAGUGGACACAGAGAUCAUCCAGGGUAUGGUGACCGGCAAAAAUACUGGUGAAGCUGGAAGUGAAGAUGAGGAAGACGAUGUUUCUUUACCAGAGCAGCCAAAAAUCACUAUCACAGAAGCCAUCUCAAGUGUACAGAAACUUAGACAGUUCCUUUCCACUUGUGCAGGGGUUCCUGAUGCUGUUUUUGGACAGCUAAAUGGAAUAGAUGAAUAUUUAAUGAAAAGAGUGAUACAAAGUCUUACUGAUUCCCAAAUUACAGAUUUUCUCCAAGCAAAAUAAUGUAGGAAUUAACUGCCUCUUUUAUAUUGGAAAAUAUUUUUCAAGAAUAAAGAUUUCUUUAGAUAGAAUAUUGAACUAAUUUAAGUAAAGCAAUAUUAUUAUGAUGAUUUUUCAAUACUCAGAGAUAAUCAGGAAACUUGAACAGAAUUUGGGAAUGAAAUUUGACUAAUAUGUGUGUUCCCUUUUGGUUAAUACAUUGGUUUUCAAAUUUUUCUGCACCUUAGGAGCACUUGAGAAUCUUCUAAUAAUUCCAAAGCCCAAGCCAUAUCCCAGAGGAGUUAAAUCACAGUCUCUGUUGAUAGGUCACGGGCAUUUAGUAGUUUUGAAUUUCCCCAGAUGAUUCCAAUGUACAGACAAGUUUGGAACUACUGAAAUAACCACAGGAAAAUCAAGUGCAUUAUGGACAUAGAGUCAACUACUUCCCAACAAGUCUAGAUCAGUGGUUUCUAGAGUUUAGCUCACAUCAGAAUCACUUCUACCCUCAGAAUUUUGGAUUCAGUAGGUCUCAAAGGGAAUCCAAGAACUUGCAUUUCUACUAAGUCCUCACCUGAUGAUCCAAGGUCCAUACUUAAAGAACCACUGACAUAGCUGGAUUCUAGUACCUCCUCUUCAGAUGGCCUUCUUAAUACUCUCCAUUGCUGUAUAAAAAGAAAAGUUUUAGCUGUUCUUACUCCAGGGCUAUUUAGCUCCUUCUUUUCUGCUGAUUUGUUAACUCUAGAACUUUCUUAGCUAUCCUCUUGAUGCCCCAAAAGUUAUCCAAGUUUUCAGUAGAGGUACAUAUGUUUGUGCCCAAGGAAUUAACAGGAGCGAUCUAGCUCAUUAAAAUAUCCAUAGUGCUUUAAACAUAUAAUUAUUAGGAAGCUGGAGUACAGGAAAAUAAAGAGCAUAAAAGGGACAUGGAUAUGCUCUGAGACAGAUGGUAUAAUAAAGAGAAUCCUGUUAAUCAGGAUCAUGGAGGAGAACAUAUAGCCCCAGCGUGCCUUUCACUUUCUAGACAGGAUGAAAGGAGAGUUUGUUAGAUAACUCCUAUGGGGGUGUUUGGAUCACACCCUGAUUUGGAUUUUUUUCACUGUUCUUUUUCUUUUAAUUUUUUUUGUAAUUGUAGAUGGGCAGAAUGCCUUUAUUUUGUUUGUUUAUUUUUAUGUGGUACUGAGGAUCAAACCCAGUGCCUCAUGCAUGCUAGGCAAGCGCUCUACCACUGAGCUACAGCCCCAGUCCCUCACUCUUCUCAAUACAGUCUGUACCGUAUAAUCAAAAUGAAGGCACAUUACAUUUUCCCUCUACUUAAA